AUUACAGUUGACAGAAACGGAACAAAGUUAGGAUGAAGAUAAGCGAGAGAUGCGAUUCAUAUUGCUGGUCUUUAUGUGUAUUGUGCAAGUGCGAGCUAUAUUUAACAUCAGAGAUUUCCUGCCAAAGAUCACAUGGAACACCCGAGACGGGAAUGAAGAUGAUUUCGCCGGCUAUUACGAGAAAGGCAUUAGUGUUACAGGAAGAGUAUUCGUUACGAUGUUUGGAUAUCCUUCCAGAUGCGAGAAAAGAGGAUUAUAUCAUUCAUGUACACUGUCCUUUGCCUGUUGGAUGGUAGGUGGUUCCAGUCAGUUUGGAUGUGGUGCUAGUCCUUGGAUAGUAGCUUGCUGUGUCACUGCCAAAAAACCCUUAAAUGAUAUUCCACCCAGUAAGAACGAUAAUGAGAGAUUAGAGUUGAGAGAAGCUUCAUCCACAGUCCUACAGAAACGGAUAGAUGACUCUGGAUAUGAAGAGGAUGAUGAUGACUGUGGUAUAUCAACCGACAGAUUAUUUUCUAAACGAAUUAUUGGGGGAAAGAAAGCUUUCUUUGGACAAUUUCCUUGGCAAGCUUACAUAAAAAUUUUAUCCUAUCAGUGUGGAGGAGUACUAGUUUCUAGGAAGUUCGUUGCCACAGCAGCCCAUUGUAUCAUAACUGCGAAGUUGAAGGAUGUGCUUGUUUACCUGGGGGAACUAGACACCCAAGAUACCGGAAAUGUUGAGGAAUUCGCUCCCGCCGAAUUACAUAGGGUCCGCAAGCGAAUCAUACAUCCAAAAUUCCGAUACAGGAUCACUCAGCCUGACAGAUUCGAUCUGGCCCUGCUGGAAUUAGUGACAGAAGCAGGAAAUUUUUUCCAUAUUUCUCCAAUUUGUCUGCCGGAUGGGGACAUGAAGUUGACUGGAAGAAAUGCAGUGGUGGCAGGAUGGGGAAAAGUACAGUCCUCCAACGAGUUGAUGGGGACUAAUAUCUUGAGAAGUGCAACGGUUCCUAUACUAGAUAUCAGAGAAUGCAUGACCUGGCACAAAACGAGGCGUAUCACCGUCGACCUGCAUCUCGAAAUGCUGUGCGCCGGCCACAAGAACGGGAAACAUGACGCCUGCCUGGGGGACUCUGGGGGACCGCUUAUCGUCCUGGAAGAGGGGCGGUGGACGCUGGCGGGAAUCACCAGUGCGGGAUUCGGAUGCGGCGAGCCGCACCAGCCCGGGAUCUACCACAAAAUACCCGUGACGGCGCAAUGGAUCAAGCGGAUAAUCAAGACGAUCGAUUGACGUGGAGUCUGGUCCAGCAGUAAUGAAAAUUGACGAUGUAAUCUUGUUAACCUGCAGUGCAAUUUUCUUUUAUGAAGUCCGUUUCAAUGAUAUUCGUAUGUUAGCGUUCACGCAGUGCCGUAGCUAGACUGAUUGACGCCAAUGGCGAUUAUCAUCAUGUUAACUAUUCAAAGAAUGAGGAACACAAAUUUGUAACAUACUCAUCGUAAAAUCUUUCAGAAUUACAGAAUUACUCAUUAUUCAUCGCCUUGACACCUUUUUCACUAUAAGUCGAAACCUGGGGAAAAUCUUGUAGCUGGUAUCCCUAGUAACAUUUUGAAUGCCUAAUAGUUUCGAUGAGACUGUAAAGAGGUUAUGUGAGCGCAAAUGCUAGGUCUAAUUCGUUCUACCGUUUUAUGAAUGCCCUGGAAAAAG